AUGUCUGUUGGCAGCCAUGCCUAUAGGCAUGCGCUACAACGUGCUCCCUCUCGGCUCGACUACGUCUGGAUCAGCGACGAGCUUCUCUCAUCGACGUUCCAGAAAUUCGUGAAGGGUCAGCGUCGGUACGGAAGUCGAGUUCCUGGUCCAUUGGAAGCCAGUAAACGACUUGCAAGAAGGAGGAAUACUGCCUUGGCUGUGGGAGGAAGUCCUUUUGAUCCUGCAGCUAAUGUUGCUCAUCUGUUCGGCGCCAAUGGUACGGGGCAUGUUCGCCAAUGGGACGAUUCUCCAUGGUCCUCACGCUGGCCGGAGCCAUUGGAACUAUUUUCCUAUUCCGAUCAACCUCCUCCGUCUCCGAACCUAUCAUUUCUCGCGCAGGUAGAAUGUUCGGCAGAAGCCUUAGGCGAUGCAAUUGAACCUCAAACAUCCGCGAACCCGACCUUUGCCUCAUCAUUGGCAAGAUGCAAAACCGUACAUGACGUGAGAGAGGCAUUGGAGUGGUACCAUAUUGAUAUUCGACAUGAACCGGAAUAUAGCCGCAUGAUAUUCAAUCACUUUCAUCAAAUAAUCACCCGAGAAAACCAAGCUCCAGGCGUCCGUGAGCUUUUGGAUUUCCUGGACGAUUCGAGCCUAAAUAUAUACGGCAUGGGCAAUUACAGCGAACUAUUCGAACAUCUUAGCGACUCUGCUCUGGAUAUGGUCUAUAAAAUGAAGCUCAUUGACAACGUCACAAAGGCUAUCGGUCUUGGUCUUGUCCCUGUCAGAGAGAUUACUCGAAUUCUAAAACUUCUGCCGGAAUCCAUAUGCGGUCGUGAAUCGUCUCGUCAGACUCGGGAGACUGUAACCCUGGAAAAAGCUUUCAACGACAUCUGGACCGCGCUGCAGUCAUGCAGUGUGUUCAAGUUGCAUGAGAUCGACCACGAACUCCUUGAGCCCUGGGUUGACCAGCUGAUGGCUUUCAAUGAUGUUCGGUUGCUGCGUUUAGCUAAACGCAUCCUCGCUGCAUAUCAUGACUCGAUAAGAAGUCUCUCUUACUCUAUGUCUCUACGUUCUUUGAACGUUCUUUACUCGCGAGGAGCUUUGGUUGAUUGGGGUGUUUGCACGACAUAUCUUGAACAGGCUCUGAUGCGUGGUGAUGUGGCUUCUCUAAGCUAUGCAAAAGAUCUUAUCCUGACAUAUCAUCGAUACGAGCUGGUGCCCUCAAGCUCGAUCGCAGACCUCCUACUGCAAUACCUUAUCAAUGCGCGAAUCUCAGCCGAUUCAGAAGGAGCUGUCGCUCAAAUAUUGCCGGACCUGUUACGGCAGCUGAAUACAGAUAUUGCUACGGAUUACAUCAUUAUGAUCACCGAACGUCUAGCUUUUACAAAACGCGAGGACCCGGCUCGUGAUCAUGCUCUCAAAGGUCUGCGGAAUUGCCUUUUGCACAUCGAUAGACCGGCUAUUCUUUCGUCAAAAGGGUGGUGUGAAUUGAAAGAGGAUGAUGGUCUGGGCACAUCCAAAGGAUUGAGGGUUGCUCUUCGUAUGUGGACUUGGAUUGCAAUAAGUACCACGCCUCAUCGAAGACUUGCGAGUCCGCGUCCAGAUCAAGUCAAUCAGAAGAGUAUACAUGGUGCUGGCAUAUCCAUAUUGAAGCUCUUCGACAAUGUCACUACAAGCAUCAAAUGGCAAUCGCAUGAAAACAGAACAGAGCUAUUGCCAAAGCUAGUAGCAGGGCUUCAACAGCUUGACGUUCCUAGUAACCAGGUGUUGAAAAAGGUGUACGCACUUCUCACUCGCAAAGAAAUCACAAAUCUUUCGACUCUCCAAUCCUUCCAGAAGCUUGAAGAGGGACGCAUGACCCUGGAGCAGGCGGCUCUACAGCGGAACGUGUUCAAUUCGACCAAAUCAUACCUUUUAUCUUCACAUUUGAGGGUUAUAAGAAACGUCGACGUCACCAGUCCGGACUUCAUCGAUAGCAUGGUCGAUCUAAUAGAGAAAGAUAACACCAAAAUACGCGACAUGAUUUUUCUGAUCUCACUGCACACGCCUCUGCAGGUCGCCUUGGCCAUGGCGAGUACUCGCAAUGCGGGACAUAUCCCUAACACAAAAAGGGUCAGAGCCAUCCUGCGACUCGAAUCCAAAGGCAAACAGCUAUACCUGGAGCCAAAUGCCUGCGUGUCAUUCAUCCAUUUGCUGGCCUCCUCGAUAGCAGUAUCGGACAAAGUGAGCCCCCGAGCAGCCUUUAAUCUUGUGACAUACCUCUACUACUACUUGAUUAAGUACAACGGCCCGGUGAAGUCGAAUUUUGUCCGUGCCAUGUACCAUUGUGGUAUCACGCGGUUUCUUGAGAGUGGGCUACGGGUAUCUGGGGUUCAGGAGCAUUAUAUCUUGAAGGUUGUGCAACGGCAUGAGGAGCCGGAAACCGCUCGUGCGCUAAUGAAUGGGUCAUAUAUUGAGCGACUUUAUUAG